CACCCUGACGACAGGUACCUCUGCAACCGGAGCACACUCACCUGCACGCCUGCCAUUAUUUGCUGCUUCUGUGGUUCACACUGGUAACAUCCCUAUUGUUGGAACAUAGUCUAAAAUCUACUGGGCUUUAGGAGCAUCUUGGGGGAAGACACAGCUGAGGAGGCAUCAUGUCGAUGGGAUUGGAGAUCGGAGGCAUUGCUCUGGGUGUCAUCGGAUGGAUCAUCGCCAUCGUGUGCUGCGCCCUGCCUAUGUGGAGGGUUUCUGCGUUCAUCGGGGCCAACAUCGUGACAGCGCAGACCAUCUGGGAGGGCCUGUGGAUGAACUGCGUGGUGCAGAGCACAGGCCAGAUGCAGUGCAAGGUCUACGACUCCAUGCUGGCGCUGGGCUCCGACUUGCAGGCGGCGCGCGCCAUGACCAUCAUCUCCAUUAUCCUCGGUGUCCUCGGACUGCUCAUCUCCAUCAUGGGCGCCAAGUGCACCAACUGCAUUGAGGACGAGGCCUCCAAGGCCAAGACCAUGAUCGUCUCCGGCAUCUUGUUCAUCAUCGCUGGCAUCCUGAUGCUCAUCCCCGUGUCGUGGUCGGCCGACCGCACCAUCAAGGACUUCUACAACCCUCUGGUGCCUGCUAGCACGCUCCGAGAGCUGGGUGCUGCCCUCUACAUUGGCUGGGCAGCAGCAGCACUUCUGAUUUUUGGCGGUGCAAUGCUGUGCUGCACCUGCCCUCCGCGAGAGAGGAGGUACAAGGCCCCGAAAAUGGCCUACACCAACCCCAACUCAGCAAGCGUGGCUGGGUACGACAGGAAGGAUUAUGUCUGAAAAACCAAACGUCUCACACAUCUGUUUAACUUCACAAAUACCAUACCAUACACAAGACAAAUACCAUACAAUUCUGAGGUCUGUAAAAUUUGUAUUUGUAACCCAUUCAUUGAUAAAUCAAUACUUUAUGUUAAUGUUUCUAUUAAGUAAUUCAAGUAAUUGUGAAAAACUGUUGAAAUUAAUGUGUAUUUUCAAGUGAACGUGUCCUUUGUCUUAAACAUACUGUUAAAUAGGAGUGGUGUGUUUUACAUAUAUUUGUUUAGGAAAAUCCUGACCUGGAAAAGACUCAAAACAAAACCCAAACAUCUCACAGAUACUGUUUGGUCUAUUCAUUUUUACUAGGAAUUGAAAAACGUCAAGGUUGCCGUGGUGAUUAUUUAUAAGUAAUUAAUGUCAACAAAUGUCAAGAUUAGAUCAAACCAUUUAACUCUGCUACAUCUUAAAAUUAUAGACACACAUAAUAUUCAUUUUAUAACUUAUUACUUUUAUUUAUAUAAUGUUCUAGUAUAUCCAUUUAAAAUGUCUAUAACGAUAAUGCAUUGAUCCUUAUACAUUCAUGAACUGAUUAAAACAGAGGGCAAAGAGACCCAUCUAAAUUCAAAUUUUAGAAAUGUAUAUACAUUGGUCACUCACUAUUUUCAUUUGUUACUGUGUGUUACUUUGUUUUAUAGAAAUUUGUACUUAUGUGCAAAUAAAUGCCUACAUUUAAGAUAAGUUUUAUUCCUGAGGGCACAUAUUCUUAUUUAUCCAUUAUGGUUUAAGUCCUGUGACUUGACGUGUUGCUCACUUUAGCACACAAAACUGUCCAAUGUUUGCCAGAGGAGGUGGCCAUCACAGAGAGUGCCUUUGCAUUGUCACUGUGGAAGCCAAGAAGGAAGCACAGACAACAAAAAUACAGAACUCAGUGCUCAUCACAGGCCAACACCGGGUCAGAUUACUCAACAUUCAUUAUAUUUAUCGUCUUAGUGGCCAAAUGCAACGUCAAUGUGUAGACCAAAUGUAUUUUUUAACACAACAUAUGUUAAUUGAUUCUGAUAAAUAGCCUUUUGUGUUUCAGAAAAACACAUUUCAACAUUUCAUCAUGGUUUGUCCAAAGCGACCAAUAUGUGUUUAUUGCCUGGCUGUUUUUUUUUUAAUUAUUAUUUUGGAACUGAAACUAAAAAAGGACUUUACCUUGUACAUAUGGGUGUGAUAAAUAUUUUACUUGAUGAAUUAAAUGAAUAAAGACAAUUGAUCAAUUUUGUGA